UCUAGUUUAAAAAUAGAUACACAAAAAUAAAAAUACACACACGCAAACACACACAAACAAAAGGGGAAAUUCCAGUAACAAACACACAUAUUCAUGCAAAAUGGACACCGCCACCAAGGAGGAAUUGGAGGGCAUGGACUGCGCCAAGUUGCCACUGGAUCGCAUGGAUCUCAUACGGCGCAGCUUGAAGUGCAGAACCAUCGAGAUUUUUGAAUACGAUGAUGCUGUCAGCUUUACGGGCGAAGAGGAGGAGUUGGCCAUGGAGCCCACACCGGACACUGAGGACGCCACAGAGGAUGAGGAGGAUCGUGCUAUGCGUGCGGUGGCCGAGAUCGAUUGUCUUAUACGGCGCAUUGAGCUGAUGCAGCUGGCCAUUAGGCAGCGUCAAAAUCCAGACAAAUCCGAAUCCGAAUCCGCCGAAGAAGAGCAGCCAGAGGAGGAAUAUCUGACUAGAAUCCAACAGAUAUGCCAGGAGAUUGAGCGCAAACGCAAGGAGCUGGAUGUCCAGGUGAAAGUCCAGGAGCUAAAGGCGGCAACAGAGCCAAAGCCUCUGGCGCUGAGCUGCCAGGAGCAGGUGGAGGUACGUAACCUUCAGCACGCCCACCACCGCCUGCAGUGCGAAAUCUCUGAGAUGAUCUGCCGCUAUCAGAAGCUGCGCAGCAUCCUGCGAGAAUUUCGCCAGCGGCUGUGCUCGAUCAACAAACAGCUGCGCCAGAUGUCCGCCCGGGCCCAGGAGUUCAACGAGUGGACCCAACAGGUGGCCGGCGAACUGCACGUCUGCCUGGAGCGCUACCAGCAUUUGCUGCAUCACAAGAUAUCCAAAAUGGAGGCGCAAAAAACAGCCAAGGUGCACAUUUUCCGCUUCUUUAGCCGCAACAAACUUUUUCUCAUGAAAAGUCGUUUGCCGCAAAAUUUGCGCGACUUUCGCGGGGAAAUCGAUGACCUGUGCAAUUUUAUAAACGAUUUGAGCGUCGAAAUGGAGCAGCAUUUUGAUAAGAUCGAGCAGAUGACCUUGGACAAGAUUCAGACCGAUACAGAUGGCGAUCUCAAUGAACCUCUGGUGGAAAUUGUCUCGGCACUGUCGGCGGUUAUCAAGGGCAAACCCGUCACGAUCAAAAAACUCAAAGCUAAAUAAAACGAUACAAGAUUUCAGAACUUAAGCUGAUUGCUUGGCAG